AUGAGUACUUCUUCCACCGCCGCAGCUGUCGCUGCCGGAACCAGCGGCAAGGCAGACGACAUUGCUGCUGCCCGUCGCUUCCUCGAGUACGUUGAUGCCAGCCCCACCCCUUUCCACGCCGUAGCCACCACAUCGGCCAUGCUUGAUGCAGCCGGCUUCGAGCGGAUCCGCGAGAAUGACCUCUGGGACAGCAAGGUCCAGCGCGGCGGCAAGUACUACUUCACACGCAACCAGUCUGCCAUCGUCGCUUUCGCCGUCGGUGCCAAGUACGAGCCUGGCAAUGGUGUCCACGUCGUUGGCGCACACACCGACUCGCCCAACUUCCAGAUCAAGCCCGUCUCCCGCAAGGCAAAGGAAGGCUAUCUUCAAUGCGGCGUUGAGACCUACGGCGGCGGCAUCUGGGCUUCGUGGUUCGAUCGUGACCUUGGUGUCGCAGGUCGCGUCAUCGUGUCGGACUCGAAGAACCACGAUGCAUUCACUGGCAAGCUCGUGCACAUCAAGCGACCCAUUAUGCGUAUCCCGACCUUGGCGAUCCACCUCAACCGCACCGUCAACGAGGCGUUCAAGUUCAAUGUCGAGGACAACACCGUGCCCAUCCUCGGACUUGCCACCGAGCAGCUCAACAAGCGGGCGGAUGAGGCUGCCGCCGCUGCCAAGUCGACUCCACAGGCCGUAGGCACUCCCGUCAUGGCAGAGAAGCACCACUCUGUUCUCCUCGACUUGCUUGCUUCGGAGCUCGGUAUCUCGGUCGAACAGAUUCAGGACUUUGAGCUCAGCCUCUACGACACACAACCAGCCUCGAUCGGUGGCAUCAACAACGAGUUCAUCCAUUCUCCGCGACUUGACAAUCAGAUGUCGUGCUUCUGCGCCACUGAGGCCCUCAUCGACUCGCUCACCUCGGCAGAUUCGCUCAAUGCUUCGUCGUCAAUCCGUGCCAUUGCCUUGUUCGACAACGAGGAAGUGGGCUCCGUUUCGACGCACGGUGCCGAAUCCAACAUGCUGCCCAGUCUGAUUCAGCGUCUCGUUGCGCUUCCCGUCUCGUCCUCGCCUGCAUCAGCAUCGAAACCCGCCGCAUCGAACCUGUACGAGCAGGCCGUCGCGCGCUCGUUCCUCCUCUCGUCCGACAUGGCGCACGGCUUCCACCCCAACUACCCCUCGUUCUACGAGGAGAACCAUCGCCCCAAGAUCAACGGCGGCCCCGUACUCAAGACCAACGUCAAGCAGCGAUACGCCACCACGGGUCCAACCGCCUUCCUCAUCCGCCGCAUCGCUCAGCGCGCCCAGGUGCCACUCCAGUCAUUUGUCGUCAAGAACGACAUGCCAUGCGGAAGCACCAUCGGGCCCAUGCUGAGCAAGCUCGGCAUCAGGACGCUCGACCUGGGCAACCCGCAACUGUCGAUGCACUCGAUUCGCGAGACGUGCGGAACCAAGGACGUCGAGUACAAGAUUCAGCUGUUCAAGCACUUCUUCGACUCGUUCGAGGAGGUCGAUGCUCAGCUUGUCAUUGAUUGA